UAUGGUAAAAUCCAAUAUGGCUGUACAGUGAGAGGAAUGCUAGCAGAACUCCAAUUUCAAGGGACAAACAUUGUUGCAUAGCGGUGUUGUUUGUAUGUUUUGAAGUGAUUUCCUGUGUAGCAAUGUGGCUGCCAAUCCGUAUAGUUUGUUUAAGAAGCCAGACAACCUGGAGAAAAAGCUUCGCCGCUAACGUGAUUCUUUUGAAACUGUCUAGGCACAGGAGUAAUGCUAACGUAUCUCAUUUCAGUCAUUCAGCUGGACUUUCUGCACAAACAUGCAAAGCACUUCUAUACAGAGAACACGGAGACCCCUCUCAAGUCGUUCAGUUGGAGGAUGUACCUCUGCCCCCUGUAGGUGUAAAGGAUGUCCUGGUUAAAAUGCUGGCAGCCCCAAUCAAUCCAUCUGACAUCAACAUGAUUCAAGGUACUUACGCGAUCCUGCCUGACCUCCCAGCUGUUGGAGGCAACGAGGGGGUAGCCCAGGUUGUGGAGGUGGGCAGCCAGGUGAAGUCUCUCAAAACAGGAAACUGGGUCAUCCCAAGAGAUGCUGGUUUAGGGACAUGGAGGACAGAGGCGGUUCUAGCUGAGGAUGAUGUCAUCUCAUUACCAGAUGACAUCCCCUUGUUGUCCGCUGCCACACUCGGGGUGAACCCCUGUACUGCCUUCAGGAUGCUCUCUGACUUUGAAGAUCUUAAACCAGGUGAUUCAGUGAUCCAGAAUGCAGCCAACAGUGGAGUUGGGCAGGCUGUUAUACAGAUUGCUGCUGCAAGGGGGAUAAACACUAUUAAUGUCGUCCGAGACAGGCCAGAGUUCCUACAGCUCAGUGAUAGGCUGAGGUCCAUCGGAGCAACCUAUGUAAUAAGAGAAGAGGCAUUGAGGCGGCCUGAGAUUAAGGAACUGUUCAAGACUUGUCCAAAGCCUAAACUGGCAUUAAAUGGAGUCGGAGGCAAAAGUGCAACGGAACUGCUCCGUCAUCUACAGGUUGGAGGAUCCAUGGUGACAUAUGGAGGAAUGGCCAAACAGCCAAUUACUAUCCCUGUGAGUGCUCUUAUUUUCAAAGAUGUGAAAAUUCGGGGAUUUUGGGUCACACGGUGGAAAAGAGAUCAGUCACACGAUGGGAGGGCAUUUAGAUCUAUGCUGGAUAAGCUAUGCUCCCUCAUCCAGCAGGGAAAGCUGACAGCUCCUCCCUGCACUAAUGUGGCAUUCCAAGACUACCACAAAGCUCUGGACACAGCCGUGCAGCCUUUCACAUCAGCUAAACAGGUCCUGAUCAUGUGACCUAACUGGUCUCACAACUAAACACUACAUUGUCAUAACCAUGGUGUAUGAUCUGAAGUGUAUUUGCCACAUUAUUGCUGAUCUGUCUCUUAAGUGUACAUUUAAUAAAUAUCUUCACAGCAGGCUCAAAGGUGUCUGGUAUCUGUCAUGUUCUGCAGUGGUACUUUGAAUUACCCUAGGUUUACUGGCAGUCAUACGAACGCAGUAAAUCUUUGGUGUUAUGAGAUAACAGAAAUCAUCACCGAAGACUGAUAGUUUUAUGUGUUAUGUGUAGUAGCAGAUCACAUUGCAUUCAGAAUUAGUUGGUCUGCAACCAAGUUAUUUAAG